CAGGUAACGGGCCCACGUACCGAAUCCUCCGCUUAUUCAAACUCUCAUGGAAAUGACUGCUCAAAAGCAACGCUUUCCCUCUAUUGCCACUACCAUUUCUGCAUUAGGUAUUAUUUUGUACUGCGUUGGGUUUUUACGAGUCGAAUUGGAACUGAAGAAUCAGAGGGAGAGAUUGCAGGCGCUUGAAAACAUCCCGGAGACAGAGCCGCCAUUAAGCGAUCAAAACAUCGCCAAGUUCAUCAAGGUUGCUCGUGGUAUGUAUUUUUCAACGUGUUCUAAUACUGUUUUUAAUUUCAUGCCGUCUGAAAUCGUUCUUCCCAUCCUUUUAAGAACAUUUCAGGGAACGCAAUUGCGCUCAACAUUAUCACCAGCGAUGGAGUAAAUCCGUCAAAGAAUAUGACAGAUAUGACUUCUUGUGUUUGUCAAAGGCAAACAAAUUAAGUAGGUCAUUCUCUGGGUCUCCAAACACGGUGCAUUUAUUUUCGCACAAAUAAAGGGGAAGAACUUUUUGUUGCCUUAACUAAACCAGCAUUUCAAAGAGAAGACAUCUCAAAGCCAACGCUUCUCUUCCUUUUCUACCAAACCAUCUCAACAUUAGGUAUCGUUUUAUAUUGCGCUGGGUUUCAAAGAGAGUUGAACAAUCACGAGCAGAGAUUUAACCAGAUGCCCUUCAACCGUCGCGGAAAAUAUUAUUUGUUUCCACAUGAAGCCACAAAAUCAAAAAUAAAGCAUCGAUCCUCCUGAGUUUUUAAUUUCAUGAAGAUUAGAGUGGCUGAAAACUUAUAAUUUUACAAAUUUUCCUUUCGAAAGGUUUCUUCGUUUUUUGCUAGAGUACGCUUGAAUUUCCAAACUUUUGCGUGACACGGUAUUUACGUGGCGGCCAAUGCAAGACAGCUCACUGUCAGCUGUCAUGUAGGUUGAAAAGGUGACUUAUUUUGGAGGAUUUUGCGAUCCGCACAGUAAUUGUAUUAUAGGUAAGUAUUGUUUUGAUGUUUAUGAGUCCGUAACAGAUGUUUUUGUUGCGUUCGCGUCCGCCAUAUUAGUGCCCCUCAGAGGGACAAAGCUCUAUAAAUUUUAGACUGUUCACAGUCCCCUAGUUUUUCGUGAGAUCGUUUAGAUAUACCGCGUCUUACACAGGGUCCAGAGGAGAUGUGUUUGUCGUUAGACCAUCAAAACCCGUCGAAAACCUCUGAAAAAAUGGGUUAUUUUGAUCGCGUUACGGUUUCGUUACACAUUCUAUAGACCGCAAACCAAGAGACUGAGGGCUCGCAAGAUCGGCUUACAGUAUAAAAUAGGGAAAGGGAGGAAACAAAUUUGGGGCCGAUUUUCGAAUCCCUGAAACUCAAAUGGAAUUGAAUGAAAUUGCCUGAUUUUACUAAUCUGAUCUAGAAUUCUUAUGUAUUUGCCAAAUACUGUAGGAAAACGGCAUAAGAAAGCGUUCAAAUUCAUUUUCGGCGACCGAAAUUUACCGCUUCUAGAGAGCGCUUUCAUUCGGUGUGCACCGCAACACAUGGUGACGGAAAUGACGUAGUAAAGUAAAUGUGUUCAAGAUCGGAGCAAUAAAAGGGAAGCCUACACGACUUUUGCCUCAUGCCAAAAUGCUGCUCGUUCCAAUAAAGUUUUUUUCCUCUGCUGGGUAGAUUAUGCUCUGGAAGGUUCUACGGCAAAUGUGAUUUUAGAGGGGAUUUUAGCCGCAUGUUUCACACUGAGAGGUCAUGACACAUAUCGAUUUACUGUGGUUAUUGUUUCUGGUCGGCAGGAUUUGCCCUCUGAUGCAAGCGCAUUUUCUUUGACCUCUUUUGAAGCGUAAAGCUUUUUAUUACGGCUGAACAAGGGUUCCAGUUUUCUGCAAAAUGCCUUCAGGAUCUGAAAAACUAAGCGAUUUUCUUUAGUCCGUGAAUGUAAUGUUUUUCUUCAAUGCCGUAUCACGCUGGGCCCAGCUUGUUGGUUUUGUUUGGAGAAUGUUAAAUUAUUACGGAUAGUGAUUUACGGGUCGUGUGUACUCUUGCAAUAAAAAGUGACACUGACUAGAGCGGGCGUACAAGGCAACUGUAAUAUCAUCACGACUGUGCCAUUCUUCGGUGGUCCAACUAUAUUACCUCUUGCGUCUUUGGCUGUGCGUUUUGCGACGACUGGGAAGUCUUCGCACAAGCAAAACCUGCUUAAGACAUCGAAGACUGUUGAAACGUACAACAAAUGUCCAGUCUUGAAAGAUCUUCACUUCAAUUAAAACUCUGUUGUUUUCGCAUAGAUCUCUGAGAUCUUUAAAACCCUCUCCGCAGCUGAUGUUUUGAUUCUCGAAUUAGCAGCGGUCUGUUGCUUUUGCGUUUCCGGUCUCAUUUCGACUUCCGUCACCGAGUGCUGCGGUUCACAUAGAACGAAGUCACGUGGUACAAGUUUCCUCCCUUGUCCUUUCUUUUACUCGGCACUUCGUGCCUCGGUCGCCCUCCGGGCGACGUGCCGUGCGCCAGCGAGGAUAUGGCUUGCGGUUAUUGAUUUUCAAAAGUCGAUCUGGGUCAGAUAAGAAGCGAAGAAAUCGUUUACAGUAGAUUUAUAAAGAUCCCAUUGGGCUAAUUAAUCGUGCUAAGCGACAGGUAUAGACAUUUUUCAAGGUAAGUAAUUCAUUUAUUCACAAGAAACUCCUCUGGACCCUGUGCGUCUUACCGUCACGGCUACCUUUUGAUUUUUAAAUGUACCGAGGGGGUGGACGUCGGAGAUUAUAGCAAAACCGUCCCCUCCCCCUAAGUAGUUUUGACACUCAUCGCAAGCUAAAUUUAUAGUUGUCAGUGGUUGCAAGGAUGGAGUUUUUAUCUAUCGCUAUGUAGUUAUUUUCGUAGCACGAUUUGGAUAAGAAAAAGAAGUUAUUUUGCAUCAAAACAAGGUUUACCCGUAUACCGUAAAAUUCCGAAAAUAAGCCCCGGGGCUUAUACUUUUCAAAGGCCCUUUUUGAGGGGCUUAUUUUUGGAGGGGCUUAUAUUCGGAGGGGCUUCUCUACGGACGGAAAUUUGCGUUUCAAAAUCGAUUGGGCUAGCCUUAUAGCUGGAAGUAAAUUUACCGUUUUUGCUUUGUUUUACUUUGUAUUUGAGGGCAAUUUCCAAGUACAAGCCCCCGGGGGGCUUAUAUUUGGAGGGGCGAUUUAACGGAGGGUUUUUUGCGUUACGAGUUUGGGGGGCUUAUAUUUGGAGGGGCUUAUUUUCGGAAUUUUACGGUAACUUAAAUUGGAAUGUUAACGGAAACAAGUAAUGGAGAACAUUGGCAUAAUGCUCUCUGAUUAACCUGAACAGGAACUAUAUGUAUAAAGAUACGUCAUAUCUUGGUAGUAAGUUGCCACAGGUAACUUUUUCAAAGAGAAAUAAACAUUGUAGUUUUAGGUUAAUGGAACAAAACAAAACAAAACAUCCGCUUGCUUUAUCCAGGGUCGAACCUAGGGUUACAAAGUUCGAUAAAGUUCCAAUGUUUUAAUCCAAGAUGAAAGUUUAACAUUCCAAGAUGCUCUUCAUACGGUUAAAAAUCAAUUGCAGUGUGUUUCCAAGGUCUCAAAGUUAACAUAGUUCUAAUGAUUAUCCCUGAUUCCAAGGUAUAAUAAGUUUACUAAGGUCCUGAUCCGUGUCCCAUCCAGAAGUCUAAUCCAUGCCGAAAACGAGUCGUCAAUCGACGAGGACAAUAUUUUCGCGAUUUCACCGCCAAUCGUCAAGGGUACGAGUUGAAAUUUAACCUCCCGUCGUCAAGGUGUUUUCGAUAAGAAAAGAUAAAAACUGAACUCUAGCUGUGCUCGGCAAAAACUGGCGAACUCCGAAUCCCGGGGGGGGUACUCCCAUACAUUACCUAUACGGGUAUGUGCCGCUCAACGGGGUCGUGAUUUUGAAGCUCCUGAUUUAGAACAGGGUAUCCAUUUCAGAGGCGUUUUCUAGAACGGGGUAUAAAAAAUUGUGGAUCACGGGAUUAUCUUCUGCUUAAAAUUGUUGCUGAUUAUGAAGAAGCAUUUAUUUUAUAUGUAUAAGUCGAACAAAUAAAGAAAUAUUUUUUUUAAAAAACAGGGCUAUUUCAAUUUACAAACUUUCUAGAACGGAAUAUAAAAAAUUCGCCCAUUUGUAGAACGGGGUUUCAGUUUUAGGGCGAAUUCUGGAACCGGGUAUAAAAAAUUUGGCCCAUUUCUAGAACAGGGUAUCAAUUUUAGGGGAAUUUUUUUUUAGAACGGGGUGCCAAUCUGGAGUCCCGGGCGGCACAUACCCACCCAAAAAAUACCCGAGUGCCCCCUCCCCCUCCCGGGCUCCGAAUAGUAAAAUCUAUCGGAAAUCAUGGACCGCAACCAGACGCUACUAAAACCUUAUGAAAAAGCUAGACCUAAACAAAAAAGAAUCAUGAAGGGAAGAAAUAAUUCGGCUUAGGACGCCUUUCGUGACUUGCCAGUAUCCCGAAGGAUUUCGCUGGUCAACAAGCCAUCCUAAACCACGAGUGGGAAAACUCAAGGACGACAAAUUUGGCAAGGAACGUUCUGAUUUCAACGUUCUUCAGAGGAAGCAAAUCGAUUAAAAAUCGAUAAAGGUUUUGUAUAAUCCCAUUGGUCGACUUGGAAGAAGAAAUAAUCGAUAAAGAUUUUACGCAAUCCUAUUGGCUGGCUUUGCAAUUGUGGGUACAAACGAACCGGAUUUUUACCGUGGGAGUGCCACAAGCAUCCCACGGAAUUAAUACCGUCUUCCUUUCAUACAACAGUAGCCUAAUCUCACAUAAGGCGAGAAAUGUUUUAUUGCUUCAACUGUACAACGCUAUAUUUCCCGGGGGGGUUAUUUGGGUUAAUUUCUGCUGGGUAUGUGCCGCUGGCCUCUCCAUCUUUGAGUCACUUUGGAAAAAAGUAAUUUUCGCAAUCCCAACUUUCUGUUUGUGCAUCUACCUUAUAAAGCCUUUUAACUUCACGUAACUUGGUCAUCCUGAAAUGAACAGACACAUUUUUUCCAACCUAAUGUGGUGUAAAUCUUUCUAUUUUUAAAUCGCUACAUACCUGAAUUUUCUGACCACACUGAAUUCUGAAAAUGUGCGACCCCAGUCUAGUAACUGUUAUAAAAAUGUAACCCCAUAACAGUCAAUCCAGUCGUGAAAAUCCAGCGGCACAUCCCCAUUAGCCCAACACUAGAAAUACCCCCCCCCCCCACCUUAGUAAGUAAGUAAAGACUUUAUUUUAUGAGGGUUAGCACCAAAUAGCCGGAGCUAAUAAACUUGUGGCCCUCUAAAUAAUAAAUAAAUAAAUAAUAAAUAAUAAAUGAGUAUACAUAACUAAGCUAUAAAAAAUACAAGGUAAAAACCGAAGAAAACAGAUACUAUAGAAUCUACUAAACUAUUUAAAAGAUAAAAUGUAGCAUUAUAAUCAUGUCACAAUUCAUCAAGUAACGUAAAUAGAAAAAUGAUCAAGAUUCUGCUGUUGUUUCAUUCCUUCCACAAUGCUUUUUUUUAAAGAGUCCACUGAAUCCCUUUGCCUUACAGGCAAAGAUAAGCUGUUCCAUGCUUUGCAAGUUGUGACGGUAAAAGUUCUUCCUCCUUCUGUUUCGCGAUUAUACCUCGGAGAGGUUAGGUUAAAAUUACAGUAUCUGGUUUGUCUACUAUGGAUGUUACGGUUUAAUUUAAGUAGAUUGUUUAGAUAAACAGGGACGUCACCUUGUAAUCGCUUAUAAGCAAUGAUACAUUUAGAUAUUAAAGAGUCUUUAUAAAAAGGCAACCAUUUCAGCCGAUUAAACAAGGGAACUGAUGGAACUAGAGGGUGGGCAUUUAGGAUCACUCUAGCUGCUCGUUUUUGGAGCUUCAGGACCCGCCCAAGGCUUUCCUUAUCACAAUUAGUCGAGAGGACACUUGCAUAAUUAAUCACUGGCCUGAUCAAAGCAUUGUAAUAAAGUAAUCUUUGUUUAAGGGGCAGAUAAUUCAAACAGUCGUAAUAUGCUCAGAGAAAGAUAGCUCUUCAUCAAUCUCAAGACCUAGUAGCUUAACGUUCAUAACUUUAGUUAACAAACUGCCAUUGCAAGUAAUCUCAGGGUUAUUGUUUAUUUUGGUCGAGAGUCGCUUUCUCUUCACGGUGAGGACUUUGGUCUUUUUCUUGUUGAGUGGAAGCCUGUUGGCCAAUGCCCAGUUAAAAACUUUUGAUACAGAUGUAUUAAGAGAUUCUUGCAGUCUUCCCAUGCUGCCACAAUCUGCUGACGAUGUGAUUGUAGUACAGUAAAACCCCGCUACUAAGAACCCGCAUUUUCCCAAGUCAGCCUAAACAUGUUCUUACAUAAAUAGUAAUUAGCACUUAUUUAGGCUACUUUAGGUUCUUAAAUAGGUUCUUAUUUUCUGAAGAAAAAGAUACAUUGAAGCUAAGAGCAUUUAGUAGUAUGUACCCAGGUUCUUAGUCGUGGGUUUUUACUGUAUCGUCUGCAUAAAGAUCGAUUUCAGAGGAGCUGACAUGAAGUGGCAGGUCAUUAAUAAAAACUGUGAAAAACAAGGGGCCGAGUAUACUGCCCUGAGGAGCCCCAUGUUUCAUAAGCGCCAUGUCUGAGACGCAACCACCCAAAUAGACAAGCUGGUGUCUGUCCACCAAAUAAGACUGGAACCACUUCAUUGUUUCGCCAGCAACGCCAUACUCUUUCAGAUUAUCCAGAAGAAGACCAUGAUCUACCAUGUCGAAGGCUUCACAGUAGUCUACCAGCACCAUUCCACUAACUCUAUUCUUAUCUAGAUUGAAAAGCAAUUCGUCAAUUAUCUGUAUGAGAGCGGUGUCUGUACUGUGAUUCUUCCGAAAACCAGACUGGCGAGGAUAAAUCAGAUUGUUUUCAGUUAGAUAACUGUAUAAGGAAUCAUGCACAUGUCUCUCGAUAACUUUAGAAAGGACAGGUAGCACAGAUAUUGGUUGAAAAUUCUGAACGUCACGUAAGUCACCAUUCUUGUACAGAGGAGAAACUUUAGCUGUUUUCCAACGACUUGGAAAUUAUCCACUGGAAAAGGAAAGUUAAUCUCGCAACAACAGGUGCUAUAACAGGUGCGGCUAUACGUAACAGCUGAGAAAUUAUUUUAUCAAUGCUAGCAUCUUUGCGCAGACUUAACUUUUGUAACAUAGUAAGCGCCUGCGCACUUAAGUGAUGGAUGGAAAGACAUAAGAUGUAUCAGGACUUUUUCUGGAUCUGACAAAGUCUUGCAGCUUUGUGGGGUCUGAUGGAACUUGCGGUAAUGUAGAUCUUAACCUGCUGCUAUACUGGAAAACGAGCGUUAAAAUGUUGCGCUAUUAGCUUUUUGUCAUCUAUAACAGCUUCCCCGAUAUUAAUACUGUUAAUAUCGCGCCUGUUCUUUCCUGAGCCAGUCAGUGUUCUUAUUGUCUUCCAUAUUUCUCUUGACCUGCCUUUAUUUUCCUCGAAGGCAUUGCAGAAAAAUUGUCUUUUUGCGCUCCUAAUCAUCUCAACUGCUUUUUUUCUUGCCGAUCCAGUAAUUUGACCAAUCAUCAGCAUUAUUGGAACGCCUUGCGGGUUUUUGGCAAUUAUCUCUCAAGUGUAGCUGUUUCAAGACAGAGCUAGUCAUCCAAGGAGCUUGGACAGCGCGCUUUACACGCUUUUCACGCCAGGGGCAAUUUUCAUCAAGUACGCUAUUGAAAAGUGACUCCCAAGAGUCCCUUGCUAUAUUUUGAACAAUCGACUGCAAAUUGUGAUGAUUAGAGUGGUUUAGUAUUUUGAAAUUUGUCCUAUUAUACUACUACGUGAGAAAUUUCUGCAAUUUGAUUGGCUUAGAGUAGUGGCAUUUCAGCUUAAUUUGAAAUACCUACGUGUGAAAAUUACAAACCUCUUGAGGCGAAGUAUGUUUUGAAAUAGUAUAGGUAAUAGCAUGACUUGUACGUGAUAUUUAACAUAAAUACCACUCGUGAUAUUUCAAAAUUGUCUCAAAUUUCACUCGCCUAAUGGCUCGUGAAAUUACGUAUAACAAUUUUGAAAUAUCACUCGUGGUAUUUAUGCCAAAUAUCACUACAAAUCAUGCUAUUACCUAUACUAUUUCAAAACAUACUUCGCCUCAGUUUUGAUCACGAAACGUUGUUUUAAAAUAAAAGAAAGCGUAAUAGAACGGAACAGCGUAAUCGAGCAAGACCAAGAACUGAAUGGUAUAGGUAAUCGCAAUAAGGGUGCCUAUCACUGUCGAGUCGAUCUGCCACAGGCUUCCCACUUAGUGAUAGCCCCGAGUUAGCUGGAAGGAUCAAUUUUUGUAUACUUGAUUAUGAAUUGUUGAAACGUUGUUUACUUCCUCCUUUCUGUCUUUUCCCUACUAGGUUUUUUUCUUUAUCGUGUUGGUACACUUGAAUAUGGGUAAUUUUACAGCAAUAUGACCAUAGCCACCUACCGAGCUGAAGGUUGCAGUAGAGAGUCAGUCCAACAAGUCUAUGCAAAAGGAAAACAAAGCAGCAGAAAAAUAGCGCUAGCUGGGUUAAGGAGACAAAAACAUUGAAGUGUCACCAAUGUAUACCUUAUUUUAGGAAAUUAACACUUCAUGAAAUUAACACUAAUUUCAAAAAUUCGCGUUUAUUUAAGUCGCUUUAAUUUUUGUAAACGUUAAAUUCGCGCAUUAAUUAAGUGGCGCGUUAAUUUCCUCGACCUUUAUUAUUUUGACCUCAAAUACUCGAUACACUUUCGACAUUCUUUACACCAAAGGGAAGGGCUUUUUUAAAGGUGGGGAUCAGUCAGUGUCAUUGAAACUUUGAAGAACCGAACAACUAAACAAAGUUAUGAUUUUCUUGUUGUAUUAUCUUUUAAAAGUCUUUCACUUAUACAGGAUUGAUAGAGGGAGGCGUCAAGCAAAUUUGGCUAAUAACACCAGGAAAGAUAUGAUGAAUAAAAUAAACAAACUACUAACAGAAGGGAGACUACAGCUCUGACAAUCAAAGGGUGACUCUUGUUAGUCAGGUCCCCCAGGCCCUCCCGGGCUACCUGGUGCGAGAGGAGAAAAGGGAGACCGGGCACCAAAUUUCCAGCAGGGGAGCAUCACCCUAGGCAAGCUUGUAUCGGUCCCUAGAAAGGUCACCCCAGGAAUCCCGGGAUGGAUUUGAUUUGUACAGUUGCCAGGGGCCUGUUUCUCGAAAGUCCCGGUAACUUUUCGGGCCCGAAAUCAAAUAUUCAAAUCGAAAUGUAAAGAAUAAGAGCACGGGUCCUGCCUAGCAAACUACUCCAUUUUGUUUCAUUAACUGAUAGUUUUAUCAUGUUAGAUGCAAAACUAUUAAAACCCCUACCUUGCAUGUAAACAACAACAGCUUUACAGGCCCGUUAAUAAUCGGGGCUUUCGAGAAACGGGCCCCAGGCCUCAUUUGCUUGGCCGCGCGUUGAUCUGGCCCGGCCACUUGGAAGCAACGACUUUCGGCCUUUUGGAUUAUAUCUUUCGAGUUUGUCAAAAUCUGCUGGAUUAGUUUUUCUAGCUGAGAAAGCUUCAUUGGUUUCUAUAUCUGAUGCUAUCCUAUUUUCUACGAUCAUAGCAUGUUUAUUUCAGUUACCGUUGGAGCUCGAAUUUCGUGGAAAGGUUGUUUUGAAAAGGAAGCAUGGCCGCCGAGAUGCAAUGUCGUGCCUCCUACCUUGUGUAUUAUAUUGUGAAUUUGAGCAAGUUAUAUUAUCGCAAAAAUUCGUUUGAGCACUAGGAUUAAGGACAGCAACAUCUAACUGAAGAGUAAGUUUCAGUGACCUUUAUUAAGUAUUUCUUACAAAUUUUAGGAUCGGAUUUUUACCCCAUACAAACACUGUAAUUUUACUGGAACUGGACUGUGGUACUAUCACAGAGCCUGGGUUACCUGUGUCCAUAUUAUACUGAUUUUACCCCUCACAUUUAUAGUUCGUAAUCAAAACACAGUUUAGGAAAAUACGGUCGUGCAAGUCAUGUACAAUUGUAUGUUUCGGGUUAAAUCUAUUACAGGCAUUUAGUUUACACCUCCAUAAAUAGGUAUGUAUGGCAAGAAACUUUACUCGAGCUGUGAACUUUCAAAAGUUUAUGGAAACUCGCUUAUGCUGAAAUCAAUAUAUCGUGCUUGCUGAAUGGGCGAAGACAGGUAAUUGAGGAGAGGCAUAACAAAUGAAAACAAGAUCAUGCACAAUUUUAAAGAUAAAGCUAGCAAGAUACAGAUACAAACAAAAGCAAAACCUCUGGGCCACAUUGACAACAACUUUAAGCUCUACUCAGUCACCAAACCUUAUCAUUAUAGUUGCUAUUUGUUGGUCUUUGUGAAGCUCCCGGCUCUCCUGGUGAAACUUUGAACUUGUGUGCGAAAUUCUCAGAGUUCCUAUUUCUCCGCGUCUUCUUUAUCCUUAUCCGAAAUUUAGAAGUGGCGUGUGUUAACCCUCGGACGUGCAAGCAAAGUCAUACCCCCACCGUGGUACAAGGGAGGGGGGGUUGAUGGAAGCCCUCCCCUGUGAUGUCACCAAACAUCUUGGAUUUUAAAAACCUCGAGAAUUAAUAAGUACACAAAUAAAAAAAAAGUACUUUGCAUCAUUUUAUCCACAAGCUUUACUUUUAUUUCUGAAAGAAACUGAUAAAACAUGCAUUUUCUCUCAAAAAUGGUUGGACCACCUGCUACUUAUGAGGUCAUGUUUCGUAACUAUAGUAACUGACCAUCACUAAACUUGUCUCAAAAUGCUCGCGAGGGAUAAACUAACAGCUACUGAAAAAAUGUAGGUGUUGAUGUUUUAUCGUCUAGGAAAUCGUCCGGGGUUAAAUUGAAUAGAAGAAAAUAUUAUCGUCUUCAAAUAGCCUCCUUUGCAGCCGGCUGCGAGACUAGUUUUUAAGCUGCAAGGAUGCUUUGCAUGCUGAACUGAGAACACAACAAGCUAGGAGUCCAUACUAGAUUAUCACAACGAGAUGAACGAGACUCCUGCAACACAAGUGCGGUUCAGACCAAUUUCAAUCAUUUUCCAUUUCAUCUAUAAUAUCACGAACUGUCUCACCACAUAAGGGACAGAGAAGGGGGCGGGAGAGGUACAAAAAAUAUUCGUGCAAGAGAAAAUCGUAUGAAACAAGUUUUGAGAAGAUCUUUUCUCGGUCCCAGACUUCGUGUCUCCACCCCACAGAAGACGAAAUGACGUGUUUCUGUAUUUUGAAAACUCAACGGAAAUAUAAAGUUGCUUAUGUCCGUCACGUUCCCGCCAUACAAAAACAUGGCUAUCUAGUUUUCAAUGGACACGGCUUUUUUUCCAUCAUGUUUCCGUCACAUUUCCGUAAACAUGAUCUUCACAGUAGAAUGAAAAACCUAAGCAGCUGAUAAAGGACCUGACCUGGAAUAGAACCCUUACCUUUGCGAUGACCGAGCGCAAUGCUCUAUUCAUUGAGCUAAUCAAUCCAACUAGAGAGCAAGCCAUUGUAAAAUAAACUUUUUGCUCGCAUCAAGGUCAUUAAAAAACCAAGAAGCAUCUUAUAAAUCUAGAAAAGACUAGCGCAAAAAAAGGAAUGGAAGGAACAAGUUCUCACUAACCUUUUUACCAAACGCCUAAUUAGUACUUAAUCGUCAGCUAAUAGAACAGAUCAGAAGUCGGGUCUUGAAUUAAAAAAGAUGGAUGGUUAGGUGUUUUUGUAGUAUCUGUUUGCUGAUGAUUACACCUUUUAGGAGGGGACCAUAAAACAAAAAAACAAUUUGUCAUUAUUUUUUGCAGAAUUUUACACCAUCAAACAUUAUCGAACCAGACGACACGCUAAUUUAGCUAACAAUACCAGCGAAGCUAAAACAGUAGCCGUCAUGAUCAAAGAAAUGCACAAACUUUUAUCAGAGGGGAGACUAGGCCUUUGCAAAUCGACGAAUUACGCGUGUCAGGCAGGUCCCCCAGGACCUCCCGGUCCACCAGGACCGAGAGGAGAGACGGGAGACCGGGGAAGAAAAGGCAAGAAGGGAACACGAGGAAACAAAGGAGAUAGAGGCCUUAUGGGAUCACCAGGAAAAAGUGGACCUGUUGGGCCUAAAGGCGAUACUGGACUCAAGGGACAAACGGGAUACAAAGGGCCGGCUGGUACGCCGGGAACCAAAGGAGACAAAGGCAUUAUAGGAUCACCAGGAAAGAGCAUCAUGGGACCUGUAGGACCUAAGGGUAAUGCUGGACCCAAAGGGCAAAAAGGAGACACAGGACCCACCGGCGUGUCAGGAGUCAAAGGAGAUAGAGGUAUGAUAGGAUCACCAGGAAAGAGCGGCAGAAAAGGCAUCAGGGGACUUAUAGGGCCAAAAGGCGAUAUUGGAGUCAAGGGGCAAAAAGGAGAAAAAGGGUCUGCUGGUAUGCCUGGAGCUAAAGGAAAGUCUGGUCAAACUACCAACGUUGUUAUACCUUGGGGUAAGUGACUAUACUUUAAGUAUAGAUUUUUUUUCUGACAAAACACUUUGUGCCAUCAUCCGUCAACCAAACACUCCAUGCUUCUAAUGCCAUGCCAAAGAAUUCCAGUGCAUGUGUCUGGUGUUAGAUGAAUGUCCAAAGAUACAUAGAGAGAAGAAAGAGUAGAAAGAUUUGAUCAUUUUAGAAAAAUUAUUUAGACUUCUGACGCGAUGUCUCGAACUUCAGGCCCUCCUCGCACUUGCGUUCACUCGUCUGAAAAACGCAAGAAAAUUACGCCGGUUCUACUUCCGAGUCAGAAAAGGACGUAAAUAGAUAUUUAGAAACGUACGUUAAAGGGAACCUCCACUUCAACAAAAAGAUAACUUUAAAUCACAGGAAAUAACUGUUACAGUCAAGUCAAUCUAAAAUAUUUUUAAAGAAAGCGUUUGUAUCCGAAAGAAAUAACUUUUAGAUUCGCCUAUUUUUGUUUUCAAACUUUGCGGGCGUCGCCAUCUUGAAUAAUUGUGAAGUGUUACGGUUGCCUUAUUGUUAUUAAACAAAAGCUCUUUGUGUCAGAACAAUAGAGCAACCGUAACACGUCACAAUUAUUCAAGAUGGCGGCGCCCGCGAAAUUUGAAAGUGAAAAUAAGCGAUUUUAAAAUUCACUUUUCCUGAUAUAUACACUUUUUUUAAGGACAAAUUUCGAACAAUUUUGUUUAUCAACAUAAUUUUAUUCGAUUUAAACUUAUUCUGUAGUAAGAGUGGAGGUUCCCUUUAACAGGUAAGAGACCUUCUUUUCAGCAUAUACCGAACCGGAAUGAAUGGCUCAGCUCAAAAUUAAGUCUUAAAUUUUCGGCCGUACUUUCCGAAAAUGGCCUUUCUAAUAUCCUUUUGUCCGGGUUUCAAGUUGCCUUGUUGUUAGGCGACCCCAGGAAAACUACACACUACACCGUAAUUUUUAGGGAGUUAUUAUAACUCCAAAAAUGGAGUAAAAAUUUUAGGUACAGGAUAACCCCUUUUUUGGGGUUAUUUUAACUCCUAAUUUAACUCCGAAUUUGGGGUCAUUUUUACUCCCGAAAAAGAGUUCUUUUUACUCCCAGUCUGGAGUUAAAAUUACUCCGAAAUGAGGUUACUUGUACCCCUUACAUGGGUUGUUUUUACUCUUUUUGGAGUUAAUUUAACUCUGAAAAUGGAGUAAAAAUUUUAGGUACAGGAUAACUCCUUUUUGGGGGUUAUUUUAACUCGUCAAUAUCUGGGGUCACUUUUACUCCUGAAAAAGAGUUCUUUAAACUCCUUUUUGGAGUUAAAGUAACUCCACGAAAAAUAACUCCACUGUAAGGAGUUAAAUUAGCCCCACUAGAGGAGUUAUUAUAACUCCCUGAAAAUUACAGUGUAUGUAUAAAAGAUUUCAGCCGAAAUGUUUCCGAUUUUUGCUAAGCCAUCGCAAGAAAUCGAUCGCUGUCAGUGUGGGUAGAAAAAUGCUUUUUCCCUGUAAUGUGUGGAAGAAUCUACUGUCGAGAAAAAAAAAUCGAGAGGAGCGGAAUUAGGUCCAACUUAAACAGUUUCUCGACCAUUUACAAAGAUAAUAUUCUAUCAAGCGAUCAUGUCCGAAAUGGGAGCACGAGGAUUUCUUGAAAUAUAUUAAGUUAAUUAGGUAAAUAACUCAUUCUUCUUUUGGCUUAUAUCAAUCAGUCAUUCUAGUAAGCUUUGUUUGGAUCAUCUUUUAAAAAUUCAGUUUAGUUCGUUGUCUGGUAAUAUAAGCUUUGGAUGCUUGUGUUUAAACUUUCAUCUUCCUUUUGUGAAUUACCUUUGAUUAAAAUCUGAUCAUGACCGGUCCAGUGCAGAAGAAGCCAGCAUCAUCUUAAAAGUUUCUAUUUUGUUUGUUUUCCAUGACUCUUAGUGUUUCAGUCUUCUGAAGAGAUAACGUAGCGUAAUUUUCUUUUAAGGAACUCUUCAUUUUUUUUUUUGUUUGUUUGUUUGUUUUGUUUUUUUGUACUUGUUGUUUCUGGCCAGUGAAGUUAAACUAGUAGCUUCCAGUGGAAAGUCCGGGUGGAAAGUGAAGUGCUGCGAGUAAAGCAUGACAUUUCAAAUAAUUUGCAUCAGUUGUAGUUUAUUUCGAUUCUUGAUAUUUGACAUUAACCGUGUCAAAUACCGUGCAUGUAACGCCACACGACAAGAAGGCGAUCGAUAAAAACUGAAACUUGAACCAAAAUGAGUGUUUAUAUCAAGCUACAUUGUAUAAAAGUCCGUGAGAAUAUAUCAGCGUAUUAUCUGAAACCUGUCAACGAUAAAGUUAAGAACAGGCGAGCGUUGGAGUGAGUGAAAGAGUUAAUUUCCAAUCGAGUUCAAUGUUAAACUGGUUCAUAAAGCUUCGCUACCGUAUCCGACAAAUCAUUUUCAAUUGUUCCUUCCGUCGUGUAUAAAACGUUUUACUACCAAGGAAAACAAAUCUUGUCACACUUUCUUUAAAAACUCUCAAUAACUAAAGCAAUUUAUCAAUUAAAUGAACACAACAAAGCCUGGCUGAAUACAAAUUUAUUUUAUACCGUAGAGUUCCAGGAAUCGCUUCAAAUAUUCUGAGAGACGUAUCGCUUCAAUUCACGGGAAUUUUGUACCUUCACUUUCAUUCAUACUCUUCGCUUGCAAAAACGUGGCUUUCUAUACGAAACAGGAUUUCUCCCGGGCUUAAAGUCUACCACAUAACACUUUAUUUGUGUUCCGAGUGUGCGAACGAAAGAGCGUCGAUUUCGAAGGCCGUGCUUGAAAUCGAGGCAAAUGCGGUGAUAUACAUACAUACAUACAUACAUACAUACAUACAUACAUACAUACAUACAUACAUACAUACAUACAUACAUACAUACAUACAUACAUACAUACAUACAUACAUACAUACAUACAUACAUACAUACAUACAUCAGCGACGACAACUGAAACUUGCUUUGGACUGGCAACAAACUUUAAGGAACAUUGCAGAAAUCAUCAGUCCUCCUUUCCACGCUCGAACUGAAGAAAUGAGACGGAACUCUAGAUCUCAAAAUAUAUUUGUACUUUACAAGACUCUAAGAAACCUUUCCAGAAAAAAUGGCAAGUUUUAAAGAAAUGUAAACCAUAUAGUACCCUGCGACCAGUGGUUUCUCCAGGCCGGACGCUACGCUUCGAUGGGAAAGAGUCGAAACCACUGCGAGCAAACAUUUGCUUUUCCAUCGAGCAUGCGCGUCCACGUGAUGACUACGAAUAUCCAACGACAAGACGGCAACGAGAACUUCAACAAAACAAUAGGUUUAAUAAGCAAAACAACAACUUUGCACGUGCAUCACGCUUUUAUUUUUGCAUUUCUUUGCCGUUUUUGCACGACUACGACGUGAAGAUGCCUAAUUUUGCGUUUUAUGGAUAACGCAAACAAGCAACGACGAAAUUUAUUCUUCUUUUUGCUGUUGAACUUGGAUAUGGUCCCUUGGAAUUCAACUCCAUUUGGGUUCGCCUACAUUUGACAAAGUAACUGAGUAGAUAGGAAUAAAUAAUCCAAAGAAAUACUGAAUAUCCACAGCAGGCUCGCGUUAGGGCAGCAAUUGUAAGCGUAAGCAAAUGCGCGAGAGCCUAAACUUUCUUUCAAACAGAAUUUACAUGUUUAAAGUUAAUUUAUUCGUCCAUAGCGCUGGACGGCGGUUCGAUCAAAGAAGCAGACGAAUGCUCGCAGUGGUUUCUCUCCCUUCGUAGCGUAGCGUCCGACCUGGAGAAACCACUGCUUGCAGGAUAACCAUAUAGCAACAUUAGCAAAAAAUGUAACUUUGUCUUUAUGAAAAGUUUAUCAUCAUUUGUAAAAAAGAGCUUUGUAGCCUAAACAGGCGAAACGAACUAGCGAGCUCAUGCCCCCCACAGCAACAGAUAUGUACUUCAGAACACGUAACUAAGCCGACACAAUCCAUCUGUCACCUAUGACAAAUACACCGUGCAGCGCAUUCGCAUUUCUUGAACAACUGCUCUUAUAAACAACCGGAAUGUAGAUGUCGCGCACAGUAAUUGUAAAAAAAAAACUACUUAAGAUUUCCUUUCGGUACAUAAGACAAGUGCACUUUAUGUGUACUGUAGUCUAAUUAAAAGCAAAGGCAGAGUAACAGGCUCAGAGUACUAGGUCAAUAAAAUUGACAUGUCGCAGGCAUUUUAAUAUUCUAAAUUUCUAACAAGUGACCGUAUUAACAGAGUGAAAUUAUAGAGAUUCUACUGUUUGGGAUUUUAAAAUGUGGCCGUUGGCCGUAUUAAGAGGGUCUCAAUGGGGUGGUGGCUUUUACGGUUAUCGGCUAAAAUUUUGGCUUUUUUACGGCUAUCGGUUAAUUUUUUCAGUUACGGUAAACAAAAAAGUUAAAAAUUAAUUUGUUUUGUUUUAAAGAGCUACAUAUUAAUAAAACUCUAUUUUUGUAUCUUUAAAGCAAAAUAAAGAUCUUAGGAUCAUCUUGGAAUGAAUUUAGAGAAAAUAUAAGGGCUGUCUUUCCCCAGAAACAAAGCAAACUGUCCUUAACCCAUUCGCUCCUGGAGAUUUUGCCGAAAAACGCGUUUUGGAGCUAGUCGAGUGGUUUUCUGGUCACUGUCGUGCUAUAAAGAGCUAAAACUUACCACAAACCGGUUUACAGGUCGUACACUUAGCGGCCUUCUGAUCCAGGUGCAAAAUAUCAGCUUGCGAAGUUCGGGCAUGCGCAGAAAGCAAAAUUUCGAGUUUAAAAGUGACACAGCAGUCUUGACUUUUACUUUUCGCUUUUUCUCCUCCCUUCUUUUUUCGCUUUUCUUGCCUCAUUUUUUUUUUCUCUUGCUGGGCAUUUAGUAGGCUUCAUUUUGGUGGGAAGAGUUUUUAGGAAAGCUUUUAGGAUCUUAGGAUUAGGUGAAAGGAAAGGUAGGUGGGUAAUGGAACAAGAUUUUCAUGGAGAUUUUCAGGUCCUUGUCACGUGGUUUUUUGCUUCUUUCUCCGGUGUCCUUGACUGAAUUGUGCUCAUUCUGGUAUGGUUUGAAAGAUCUCUUCACUCUGCACACGUGUGCGCAGAAAGUUGUCCUUGACCGUUAAAACUGAUGACGUCACAAAGGGUAGAAAGGACCUGGAUCCGCACGGGCGGUUACGGGCGGUUCAGGGGCGAAUGGGUUAAUAACGAGCUGGUUUUUUUACGAUAGCGGAUGACUGUAAUGACUGUCUGCCGUUGCCUUGUAACUAGGCCUCAUUAUUCUGCGCGGCCAAUGCGUUUCGGGUCUCGUGGUCCGAGCGAGUUUUUUCUCGGAUACGCCAGCGAAAUGCUUUGGCCGGUACUUUCUGUUCAGCUGGCUUUCACCAACUGAGUCAAGCAACAGAUCUAGCUGCUGCUGGGUCGAUAAAGAAUAAGUUUCUGUUUUGCAGCUGAUUUUUGCGAGGCUUUACAAAUUUCAGACCGAACUUCCUGGCUUGCUCGUCAAGGCCAAGAAGGUCAAUAAUGUUUCUCUUGAAACGUUUUUCUUGAAAUGUAUGGCCGUUUUGCCGGGCCGAAAGAAUGUGGCCGUAAUAACGAGGUCACCGUGUUAACGAGGUGGCCAUAAGGCGGGGUUCCUCUGUAUAACAAUAUAUAUUCUAGUUGCUACACAACAUAGAUUGAACCCAACUGUAACAUCUUCUUGACGAUGAAACGCGGAGAUAAACAUUUAAUUAUUAUUCUUAUAGCCAGUCAUUCUCCACUUUUAGGCCAAGACUGUUUAUCACUGCUAAAAUCAGGCCAUAAUCAAAGUGGAGUGUACUCUGUGAACCCAGACGGUAAAGGAUCCUUCAAUGUUUACUGUGACAUGCGCACUGAUGGUGGAGGGUGGACCGUAUUCCAGAGAAGACAAGAUGGCUCGGUGGACUUCUUUCGCGGAUGGACCGAUUACAAAUCAGGCUUUGGUCAGCUGACAGCUGAGUUCUGGUUAGGAAACGACAAGAUCCACAGGCUAACGGCCGCUAGACCCAGCUCUCUCCGAGUGGAGCUAGAAGAUUGGAGCGGAGUGAGAGCAUAUGCCAAAUAUGGCAAGUUUAACAUUAGUGAUGAGCGGGCGAAGUAUCGACUUGAAGUGGGUUCAUAUUCAGGGACGGCGGGGAACUCUUUGCUCGGUUCAUAUAACCUUAAUAACAUGGCGUUUACCACAAAGGACAGAGACAAUGACCGAUGGAGUGGUAACUGUGCUGUGUUAUACACUGGUGCCUGGUGGUACAACGAUUGCCACAACUCCAAUUUAAAUGGGAAAUACCUGGGUCAAAAAAAUGAGUUUAAAGGAGUCGUGUGGAAUGAGUUC